CACAGAGUUAACAAUUAAAUUGACUUCAACAUCAAAAAAAGAAUAAAAGAUUCAUACUUAAUUAGCGCUGCCUAUCACGCCUCAAUUGGCUGUUACACAAAAUGACAUCGUCAUGUGAAUCCAACGUUAUCGUUAACUUUGUUCCCCAUACAGUGUUGACAGUGUAAUGUCCAGAAAAAACAUUCCGAUGUUGUAGAAACAUUUCUAGGGUACUUGGUGAGAUCUCUCAGAGCACACCACAAGGUAAUCCUUGCGGGCACCAGUUUAUUUUCAAUUGAAGAGGAGAUUGAGAAUGGACUCCUUUUACCUCCUCCUCCUUCUGCUCUUCCUAGAAGUCUCAGGGAACAUGCAGCCAAAGAUCCUCACUCCACGAAAUGGUGAAGUCAUAGAAGUGACCCUUGGCUCCCAUACAGAGAUUGUCUGUAAUAGUAGCAUAUACAAGGACUUGGAUAGUGAGGUGUAUUGGAUGAAGACAAUGAACACGACAAUGACCUUUCUGGACGAGAAUGAGAUGCUCCCUGUCUUCUACAAGGAGCAGAAUGGUUCGGCAACCUUGACCAUCAGGGAGGUGUCUGAGGAGGCCCUGGUCUUCAACUACACCUGUAUUCUCACCUCCACCAGCGGCAUGGACCUAGCAUCGAUCAGCCUGAUACUCAAGGCCCCCCCACCCUCGUAUAUCCUGGUCGUUGGUCUCCCAGUGCUCUUGGUGGUUGUGGUCGUCAUGUCGAUAGUCAUAUACGUGACCCUGAGGAUGGACAUUGUUCUGUUUUUACGGGACAGGCUGGGUUUCCAUGGAAGGACCUCAGAUGGAAAGAGCUACGAUGCCUACAUAAUGCCUUUUGAGGGCCCCGGAGGGGUGGGGCUUACUGCACAAGACCGGAGGAUGCUGGAGGCGGUGCUAGAGGAGCAGCUGCCUUGAUACAGCCUCUGUCUUUACCACCGAGAUGUCCUGCCUGGACAAGCUGUAGCCAAGGCAGUUCUGGACUGCAUAAAACAAAGUCGCAGGCUGGUUCUGGUCCCCUGCUCUCUGGACCAAGGACAGAACCAGGACCAGGACCAGGGCCACAACCAGGACAACAGCAGUGAGGUUCAUCACGGGCUCCUGAGUGAUCUACAUGCAACUCUGGUGGGGCAUCAGACCCAGCUGGUCCUGAUCCAGACAGAAGCUCCACCUUCAGACAGCCACACUGACCAGGACCAGGCCCAGGCCCCUCUCCCAAAGGCUGUGCAUCUGCUAGCCCAGGCUGGCCACAAGGUCACCUGGCGUGGCUCCUCUUCCUGCCCACUCUCCUCCCCCUUCUGGAAGCAGCUACGUUUCUGCCUGCCCUCCAAACCUAGCCAGCGACCCCUACACACACCUUUGUCCUACCACCCCUGCUGAUGCCUGGGUCCUAGCUCUCCUCUUGACCGCCAGCAGCAGUUCUGGAGAUAGUGGGAAUUUUCAGGCUUCUUUGAUGCUUCACUCUUUACACGUUCUUGGUUCCUCUCCAGUAUGGACCUGUGUAGAAGCUAACAUAUACUACACUCAAUGUUCACAUAUGACUAACAGUUUUAAAUCAGCGGCUUGUUUAUUCCAGGAGGACUCGGCGGGGCUGUUAGUGUGUCUCUCCAUGGCGUUGAUCUUGUGCAUUUAAUUAAGAAGAGAGGGGGGAAA